GCGCCACGCGGGGACGGCGACAAGGUUAUUUGUAAAGGCUGCAACAGAAUCCAUCGUCACUGGAUGCAAGUUCGGAGACAAAGGAGCACUAAACUCGACUAGAGGAGCUCAGAGCUGAAAUAAGAAGCUUUCGGAGACUCGUGGUCACCAACGUCACCGCGUUUCUACUGUUUUUCUUCUUCUUCUUUUACGCGCAAAGCUACAACAGAAAACGUCUGGAGACGUUUCGAUUUUUUUCUACAUUUCUUUCUGCUGCAUCUCGACUGACUGAAUAUCUCGGUGGCUGCUGGAUCUUAAGCCUUUAACAGUGGCUUCCUUAUUUAUGAAAUAUAGCCGCAGUCCUUGGUGGAGCUGAUCGGUCCUAAAUUGGAUAUUUCCAGCGUUGCCAAAGUUUAUAUAUAAAUUCUCUGGUUAUUUUGAGUCAUUGCGCUGUUUUAUAACAAACCCUUUUUUCUAAUUUGCUAUUUGCACACUUGAUUCCGUUGGGGUGUAAAACUAUAAGCGGUCGCGGUUCUUAACAUGUUCUGCUUAUUGUGAACUGCAGCGUGUUGGUGUAUUUAAAAAAAACAAAAAACCCGACCCGCUGUGUAGCCGAUGACUGCUCUCGAGAAGCCAUUUUUAAGUCUUUGAUUUUCAGUCAUCGUACACGAGCCUCUCCACCGGCUCUGGGCUACAGCUUUAACCUGUGCACACACAUUUAAGCACACUUCCCCCCCUAUUGUUCUCCAAUCCCCGACCAUGACUGUUUGUGCGUCUGGCUCUGGGCGCGGUGCAUGUGCCACGGCGCGGGUCUUCCUCGCCACCUAUGUGCUGGCGUUGGCUGUGGGCUGGGCCGGAGCUGAAGCUGAGCAGGCCAGGCCGAGCGGGGCGAGCCCACCGACCGUCACCCUCAGCACUCUGAUCACCGGGACCUGCCUGGAGAUCCAUCGGUACGCGGAGUCCGUGGUGGGAAGCGGUGUGAUCCGGUCAGCUGCUGAGCGCGCAGUGUUGUUUCUUGAGUCAUUGCUUGGUCAGGAGAACGUCUAUACAGUGGCCAUGUGUUUUGAGAUGGUGAUCCGAUUCCUUGCUGAAGGAGCUGCCAGCGGCCUGAAUGUCAUCGCUGUUUACGUCACAGAGAUCCUCAGGGUCACAGGAUUUGAUGUUGCACUGACGUCACCCCUCUUCACUCCUGAGGCCGUAGCCGCCAUUGCCCAGUGGGGCCUGGUGGCCCUGAUCGGCUACUGGGUGCUGACCAUCGUUCUCCGUCUGCUGAUUGGUGUGGUGAGGCAGGUGUUCUGGGUGGUGAAGACCGUCUUGGCGCUCUGGCUUUUUGGACUGAUCGUGACUGACAAGCAUGCCACUGCAGACAUCACGGCGGUUCGACUAGGCGGCCUGGUGCUGGCGUGCGUCCUGUUGACUCUGUUCACCUCUUGCUCUGAAAAGACUUGUGGAGUGGAACACCGGCUGAGCUCCCUGGAGGGCCGGGUGAAGGCCGUCGAGAAAAGUAGGAAAAGUGAAUAGUGGCCGGAUAGAGCGGAGGGAAAAGAAAUACAGAUGGACAACGGUGAUGGUAAUGUGGGUUAUGAAAACAGUAACAUUGAUGGUUUCUAUAUGUGCGUGUCAAACUAUAUGGGAAAUAAAGUAACCUCUGGGAUUUUUAAAUCAGAAAUGUUCCUUGUUUUACCGAAAGAAAAUGGCUUAAUAAUGAAAACUGGAAAACCUUUACUAUAAUAAAAAAAAAAAUCAAAGACGCAAAGGUAGUAAAAGGUUGCAUUAACUCUGUGUGCACAGACGAUUGAAUAAUACCACAGGUAGAUUGUAAACUGUUUAUGUUCUGUGUUUUUUCCCCCCCGCAGAUGUAUAAUCACAGCAACAUUUUACAUAAUAAUUUAAUUUAAAUCAAGAUUUACUGAUUUUUAGCUGGUAAUGGUUACCAUGUUGUUUCGUGGGCCAGGAUGCUAAAACUGCAUUAAUGAGCGCUACAUAGCAAACACAGCUCAGGCUGUUAGUUGUGCAGGUCAUAAAGCGAAGUAUUAAACAAAUUCAAAAUGUCCCCUGAGGGUGGACUUGGAUCAAGCGUUGGUUGGUCAAUAUUGAUUCUCUGGGCAGCAUUUAUAUGGACCAAAUGUCAUGACAAUCCAUUUAGUAGUUGAGAUCAUUCUUUAGAUGAGCUUUGUCUGGGAAAUUGGAACGAUCCAGUGUGAAGCUGUCAUCUUUGGCUGUCUGAGUUUGAACUUGUUACAAUCAACCAGGCUGAGCGGUGGCCUGUUUACAGCCUGUUAAGUCCCCGUGGGCCUGGUUGGUUCCCUGCUGCUCAGUCUGCAGCAGUAAAACUCAGUUUCCUCAGAGCCAAGUCACCAGAUCUGAAUCCACAGGGAGACUGACGCCAACUCACUGCAUCGACACAAAGACAUGAAGCUUAUUCGAGACUAAAAUGCAUUUACGAAAUUAUUAUUUGAUGAUCUACACAGUUUGUGUAAAUUGAGCAGUGAUGAAUAUUUUUCAAUUAUAAUCGAUCGAAUGGCUGUAAUGUGGUGGCUAUUUGUCCUGUUUAAAAAUAUAUAAAUGAUAAGGCAAC